AUGAGUUAGGAAAUUAAAGAUAUAAACAGGGAUAUUGGCAAAAAUUUUGAGAGUGGGUAUACUACAAAUGAAAUUAGAAGGGAAGUAAGAGUUAGAUAUGCUCCUAGUCCCACAGGAGAUCUGCAUAUUGGAGGCCUAAGGACAGCUCUCUAUAACUAUCUAUUUGCCUAAAUACACAAAGGAAAAUUCAUUUUGAGAAUUGAGGACACAGAUAAAACGAGAGAAGUUCCAGGCUCAAUAGAUAGAAUAGUUGAUAUGCUUAGUUGGAGUGGAUUGAAAUGGGAUGAGGGACCAGGUUCAACUUAGCAAAAUAAAGAUGCUUAUCACUGUUUCUGCACUGCUGAUAGAUUGAAACAGUUGAGAUUAGAGCAAGGUGGAGAUAAGCACUAAGCAACAAAAUAUGAUCGAUUUUGUUUGAAUCUAUCUCAAUCUGAAGUGCAAGAAAAAAUUGAAAGAGGGGAUUAAUAUGUUAUAAGAAUGCUAGUGCCACAUGGCUCUACUGAGUUUAAGGAUAUUAUUCAUGGGAAAGUUGUAUUUAAUCACAGUGUGAUAGACGACUAAGUAUUGCUUAAGUCUGAUGGAUAUCCUACUUAUCACUUGGCUAAUGUCGUUGAUGACUACCUAAUGAAAAUAUCUCAUGUUAUUAGAGGUGAGAUUGAUCCACCUGAAUUCGCACAUUUGCCACUUAUCCUCAAUGAGAAGGGUUAAAAACUUUCUAAAAGAUUCGGUGAUGUAUCUGUGUAGCAAUAUAAGGAUCAAGGCUAUUUGCCAGAAGCUUUAAUUAAUGGUCUAGCAUUACUUGGAUGGAAUCCACCUCAUAGAGAAGAUCCAGCUGUCUUGCAGUAAUUAAGUAGUGUAUUCUUAAAGCAUGAAGUUCUCAAUUGGAAAGACCUUCUUGGAACUUUUGAUUUGGAUAAAGUUGGAAAAUCAGGAGUUAAAUUCGACAAGAAUAAGUUAGAAUAUCUUAACUCAAUGCACAUAAGGAACAAGUUUGAGUACUUCGAUGAAUUAGAAUCAAAGAAAUGCGUUAAUUCUUGGAGGAAAAUGCUAUUAGAUACACUGCCUAAAGAGUAUCAUGCUGCCAUUAAGAGAUUGAAUGAAUUGAAGAUGAAGAAAAUUAUGGAAUUAAUGAAAGUUAGGAUACAUUUCUUCGCUGACAUGAAUCAACACACCUACUUCUUUGAAGAUCCAGACUAUGAGAGUAUUCUAUCAGAGAAAUUCUAGAAGAAGUUGAAGUAGCCUCAUGGUAUGAAAGUAAAAAUUCUAGCUUAAUUGAAAGAGUAAUUUGAAAAAGUAUAAGAAACUAAAUUUAAUGCAGAAGCCUUAAAUAAGUAAUGCUCUCUUUACCUAUACGAAAACAGCAAUUAAGGAGUAAAGAAUGAGGAUCUUUUCUCCUUGCUUAGAUUCAUCGCAACUGGAAAUCCAGUUGGAGCCCCAGUAGGCGAGAUUUUAGAAAUAAUUGGAAGAGAUACUACUAUUAGCAGGAUAAAAAAUGGAAUUAAGUACUUUAAAGAAAAAGCCGAAGAGUCAAAAGAAGAAAAUGAAUGA